AAGAAGCUGCCGCUACUGUCCAAAUCUCAUCUCCAAUGUUUUACCAUCAUCCCCUGUAGUCCAUACAAACUCCAACGCUCCAAGAAAAAGGCCCACAAACAAAUAACAGCCGAAAGGAUGGUUCCUCCCUCUCUCACUCUCAAGAAUUCCACGCCGCUUCCUGCCAUGGCGAUUGUCUCGGCCACACUCCACCCCUCGCCAUCCCGUCUUUUCAGUCACAACCGCCAACACCGGGGGAAGCCCUUUUCUUCAAGUUCCCUCGUGUCGCUUUCUUCUUCCGGAAGAAUCCAAUCGCACGCGUCGUCACGGCUCGCUUGCAGCGAUGGCCAAAGGGCGGAUAAGAGACCCGGUUCGGAGAUAUCGUGUUCAGGGAUCAGACACGAUUCUGGGUUCUCUCCCAGGUUCUUGCAAAUGGUGGGUGCCGAGAACACCUGCUCUGAUCGAGCACUUUUGGUGAAUUCAGCGAGCUCGGAGAGUGGUGGCACUUCCACGAUCUCUCAAAAGGUCUUUGGGGUGUUGCAUUUGGUUGUCUCGCUGGGGAUAAUCCUUGCAAUGGAUAAGUUCUUGAAGAAGGCGUUUGUUGCGGCGGCGAUCAAGUUCCCGAGUGCCCUGUUCGGAAUGUUCUGCAUAUUCUCUGUUCUGAUGGUUCUUGAUUCUACAGUGCCCGCCGCAGCCACCAGUUUGAUGAGCUUCUUUGAGCCGGCGCUUUUGUUCAUACAGAGGUGGCUUCCGCUGUUUUAUGUUCCGUGUCUGGUGGUUUUGCCUCUUGCUAUUGAGGACAUACCCGCGGCUUCAGGGCUCAAAAUUUGCUUUAUACUGGUUGGAGGAUGGUUGGCUUCACUUUCUGUAGCUGGUUAUACCGCGAUUGCAGUAAGAAAACUUGUUAAGACAGAGAUGACAGAUGCUGAGCCAAUGGCGAAACCUUCACCAUUUUCGUCACUUGAAUUGUGGACUUGGAGUGGUAUUUUUGUUAUAUCAUUCAUUUCAGCAUUUUUGUACCCAACUGCUCUAGGAACCAAUGCCAGAACAUGCCUUCCUUUCCUCCUGGCAUCCACUGUGAUAGGCUACAUGGUUGGUUCUGGGUUGCCAUCUGGUGUGAAGAAAAUUUUCCAUCCAAUUAUUUGCUGUGGAUUGUCAGCAGACCUGGCAGCCUUUGCAUUUGGGUACCUUUCAAAGUCUGGACUGAAUCCCGUCCUAGGAUAUUACCUUACGAAGGCAUCUGCCAAUCCUGGAGCUGGUGAUAUUCUAAUGGGAUUCUUGGGAUCUGUUAUUCUCUCUUUUGCAUUUUCCAUGUUCAAGCAGAGAAAGCUUGUUAAGAGACACGCAGCUGAAAUUUUCACUUCAGUCAUCAUCUCAACAAUUUUCUCUUUGUACUCAACGGCUAUAGUAGGACGUCUUGUUGGACUAGAACCAACUUUGACGUUGUCGAUUCUGCCUCGGUGUAUAACUGUGGCGUUGGCCCUCAGCAUCGUGUCUCUAUUUGAAGGUGCCAAUUCAUCUCUUACAGCUGCUGCGGUGGUGGUAACGGGGUUAGUUGGAUCAAACUUCGUGCAAGCGAUGCUGGAUAGACUUAAUUUCCGUGAUCCUAUUGCCCGAGGAAUAGCUACCGCAUCAAGUGCCCACGGAUUGGGAACAGCAGCAUUGUCGGCGAAAGAACCCGAGGCGCUCCCUUUCUGUGCCAUUGCCUAUGCUCUCACCGGCAUUUUCGGCUCCUUGAUUUGCUCGGUUCCUGCCGUCAGGCAAAGCUUGAUUGCAAUAGUCGGCUGAGACUAUGAGCAGCAUCGAUUCGCUCCGACUCCGCAGUCUUUUGGCCUUUCUCGCCAGAUCCGUCGGGUUUCUACGCUCAAAGGUGUGCUCAAAGGUGUACAGAGUUCAGAAGAGUCCCUCCUAGGAUUGUGUCCAUAUUUUGGUAAACUGGGUCAGUCUAGUAGUUGGAGGACUUGCAUUGCCACCAGGACUCUCUGUCUAGUGUCUAGCAUUUUUCUGCUAAUGUAAAUGAACAAAUAGAGAAUCUUACAUCAAUGUGUAUUGAUGAUACUUUGAGCGUC